AUACAUACAUACGAUAGCUAACUUAAGUUCCACACUUACAUAUUUUUAUUUUAUUUUUCUCCCUCGAUUCUUUUCUAAAUUUGCAUGUUUUAUUUUUACAGGAAGAGGAGGAGGAGGAGGAGAACUACCUGAGUUGGACCUGAACCCCGGGGCCCGGCUUGUCUCAUAGGGUCAGGGUCACAUUUUUCUUUCUUUUUUUCUCUUUCUUUUCUUCCCCUCUCUCUCCCCAUUUUUACUGUAUCGGAAUGAUCAUUCGGAUUGCUACAUACCCCGACCUAUUAGACUUGCAUAUGGUACUUGUUUCAUUCGUCCUCUAAUUUGGGGUGAGAAAGGUGAAAGAAUUGUCCUUUUUUGCUUUUCCCCCCGGUCCUGACCCGGCGCGGGGAGCGGAAGAAAGAGAUCUCCAGGCUCAACCAACUUAGGCGCCGGCGGAUCAGCCACGGACAUAGUCUAUCACUCGGUGGGGAAAUUCGGAGCUUUAAAUCCUGUUUUCGGGCCUAUCUGGAGUUACGGCAGUGAUAGAGUGUAUGUGCGGGGAAGGGAUGGAAGGCACGUGUGGGAAUUGAGCCCGAGUGAGUUGACUGCCCGUGCUGCCCGUGUCGUGACUGUGGGCUUGGUGACCCCUAAACGUGCUGUGCUUGUACUGUACGAGCACUUGCAGGUGGGAUUCUAUUGCCUUGCGCGUGUCUGCCUUCCUCACUUCCUCACUUUUUUCAGGCAUGCGUUCUUCUGUCCUCUUUCUUGUGCCCGAGCCGUUGUCCCGCACGUGAUCUUACAAGCGGAACUUAAGUGUUGGAAACGGGACGGCGCUGACAAAGCCGCAGAGCCUCCCUUUCCCUCCCCUGUUGCCCUGUUAGGGCGGUAUGACAGUCCUCGUUUCCGAUGCUGUUUAUUCAUUCAAACAAGCAACCCGCAUCUCGUCUAUCAGAUACACACAGCACAGCACGCCGGCAUCAACCAACUCGAGGCUUUUAUCACAACUCACUGUGUAACUGAGGCUACUCGGGUAUCUGUCUGUUACUAGAACAUGUCUGGCGGUUGGAAUACUAUUGAGUCCGAUGCAGUAUGGUCUACCUCAAUGGGAGCUUCUGGGCUUUUGCUGAUAAAUUCUAUUUUUCCCCUUCUUUUCGCUCGUAGGGAGUUUUCACCUACCUUGUUGAUAACCUUGGUGUCAAGAAUGUCCAGUUCGAGGAGAUGAUUGCGUUGGAUGCGGAUUAUCUCAAGCAGCAAUCGUUCGUUUGGCUCUCUACUCAUCCACUUCAUUUUUAUUUCGUUUUGUUGCUGAGGGUGUAGGAGGGGUAGGGGAAGAGGAAGCUGAUAGAUCGUUUCUUAGUCCCGUUUAUGGUGUCAUCUUCCUAUUCAAGUACCCUGUCGGCCAGAAGAGAACCGACCAGGCGGUAGAUGGUCAGUACGAUUUCGCCGCCUCGGAGAAUAUAUUUUUCGCGAACCAGACGAUUCAGAAUGCUUGUGCUACUCAAGCUAUCCUGUCGGUGCUACUCAACCAUGGAGAUCUCGAUCUAGGCGAUCAAUUGAGGGAGUUUAAGGAGUUUACUCAGGCUUUUCCUGCAGAGGUUGGUUCAUGCUCAUAGCCUCUGUUUUAUGGGGGUCAUUGUGCUGACGGGCCUGGAGCUCCGUGGUGAAACUUUGUCAAACUCCGGUAGGUCGGGACCCUUGUUGCGCUGUGUUUGUGCGAUGGUAUUAAUUGGUUCCUAGAGUUGAUCCGUGGCGUUCAUAACUCUUUCGCUCGUUCUAAUCCCUUUAUUGAUGAGGGCACCCGUGCCGCUACCGAGGAUGAUGAUUUAUACCAUUUCAUUGCUUACACUCCUAUCAACGGUACUCUCUACGAGAUUGACGGUCUGCAGCCCUGUCCCAUAUCCCACGGGAAGUGCACGGAGGAAGAAUUCCCAGAAAAGAUCAUCCCGGUCUUGCAGCGGAGGAUAGAGAGGUACCCUGCCACCGAGAUUCGGUUCAAUCUGUUGGCGGUGGUGCAGGACCUGAGAAUCAGAGCUGCUGAGAUCGGCGAUGUUGAAACGGUUGCUAGGGAGGACGAGAAGAGGAAGAUGUGGAUAUGGGAGAAUGAGCUUCGUAGGCACAACUUUGUUGGGUUCGCUCACGAAGUCUUGAAGAGAGCUGUUGCGAGUAAGCUUGGGGAUGGUAAAUAUGAUGAGUGGAUAAACGAGGCGAAACAGAAGGCUAGAGACCGAACGGAUGAAAGGAGGAGGGCUAGAGGCCAAAAGGAGGAUAUUGCCUCUCCUUAG